UAUCCCAAGUGCAGUGAGUGAAUUGUGGUAUCUGAGUCCCUGUGUACUGGCCAGGGGUGUUCAUGUCUAAGCCUGGCUAGAGGCCAGCUAAGGAAACCAGUUCCUGUCACCUGGGCACAGGCAUACUGGAGCCCAGGGAGAUGGCCUUUUGGAUUCUGAAGCUUGGCCUUCUGAGCCCCAGGUAGAGGUUGGGGACUCAGGGAUGCCACUAGGGGUGUCCUGGAGUUGACAUUUUUACUCUGGCUCUGUGGGAACCUGGUAGCACUGAGCAUUGGGGGCUGGGUAUGAUAUCCUGUUUUGCUCACUUUAGAUAGUCAGGGGUUGCCACCCCCAAACUCCAGUCCUGGGCUUCUCCUGAAAAACCAGCCUGUCUGGAUACCCAGAGCCACAUUCCUUUCUCCUGCCCCCUCCUGCCAUGCCUGGGCCUCUCCAGUGUGCCCCGCCCACCUGCUUCCUCCCCCCUGAAGGGCGGGGCUGGGGAAAGAGCCCCAAAGAAGCUGUGGGACUCCAGACACUCCAGCAUCUGACACUGUGUCCUUGGACCCCUGCUGAUCAUUCAAGAGUCUCAAUUUGGGGACCAGUGGCUGGCCUGUGUAGUGUUGGGAUCUGAGGUGUGGUCUAGAGAGUCAUCAGAAUAAUUGGCCCUGUGGACAUGCUGACUUCCAUGGUCAAGACUGUCUCUCAGGUUUUAGUAAGAGUCCCAGGUGAGGGGCUAUAGCUCUAGGGACAGAGCACUUGCCAGGCGUGCAUGCAGAAAGCCCUGGGUUCCAUUCCACAGCCAUAUAAACCUUGUGUUGUGGGGUGGUUCACACUGUCACCCCAGCACUCUGGAGUUCUGCUACAGAAUGAAUGAGUCCAGAGUCAAAACCAUAGUGGGUGUGUCUGAGUGGUCAUGGUGUCCCUGAGGUCUUCUCAGGCAGAGGCCUCUCUCUUUCACUUGCAGGCAGACCCCAACUUAGGCCACACUGUCUGUCCUGCAGGCUGUGGAAAUGGGGAUAGCACGAGUCAGUCCUCUGGAGUCAAGGCCUAUCCAUUGACAGCAUUGCCAAGGUGAGGAUUCCACCGACCACCAGCCUAGAGCCUCCCCUAUAGGCCUGUGGGAACCAGCCCAGGUCCCAUUCGGAGGCCCCUGUGCUUAUGUUGCUGGACCUGUAUUCUCUUCGUAGUGGAGAAAGAAGUGUGUGCCUUGGCAGCAGUGUCAAUCAAGCCUGCUUGUCCUAGCAUGGAGCAUGGACCCUCACUCACACAGACACACACACACUGCUCCUGUACCCACAGCCCAACUCCAAGCUAGAGCUAGCUAGCCUCCACUUUCCUCUGGACAUUAGAGAACCCUCAUGCUGGGAUAGAGAUCCCUGUGUUGACACUGAGGCUGGACCAAAGGAUCUCAAGGAAAGUGGUGGCCAGCCCCAGCUACCACUUGAGUUCUCCAAGAGGCUCUGAACUUCAGGUGGGAUGGCAGCAAGCUCUCUGUGGACCAUAGACAUACCAGGUCAUCAGUGUCAAAAGGAAUAGGAAGGAAGCCAGGCUCGGGUAGAAAGUGACCUAACAGAAUGACUUGAGAAGCAGAGAUCAUAGCUCAGCACUGAAAGACCAGGCUGAAGCUUGAGACCCAAGCUGGCACUUCCCAGGGCUGGGGCUAGGGCCCUGGAGACGCAGCCUGAGGCUCUGUCAUGCUUCUGGGACAGGUAGCUGUAAAGCUAGGCGAUAUGCCCCUGUGCUUCUACAGGAAGUCAACUCUUCAGAUGCUGCACAGAGGCUCCUCCAGGCCUGCCUCCAGCAUGAACAGACUUUGCCCAUGGCGUCCAAUUACUAGCUUCUAUAGUUUUGGCUGAUCUGUAUGCAAGGGGUGGACUAGUGAAGCACUGGGCUGUAAGUAGAUUGUCGUCAGAAAAUCUCUUCCCUCACUGUGAUUAGUUGUCACUCUAACGGAGAAUUACCUACAAGUGCCUUUGUUGUAGAAAAAGAAAAAUGCUAGGGGAUAGGGAUGGCUGUACCCCAAAGCUGGGCAUUGGGGCCUUUCUUCUGAGCCUGGCUUCCUCCCUGGUCCUUUAGAACUGGCAAGGCCUGUGUGCCUGGCUUCCUGAGACUCCGCCUCUCUCUGGAGCCUGGAGAGGUUGUGUGAGCUCAUGGGCUCUGGAAAGCCAGCUGAUACUUCCAGUGGGGGCUGAGUCCUCCUCGUGGUUACUGUGAGGUGAUUGUCCUGGCCCUGAUGGCACCUGUGGGACUGGAGUCUAGAAUGUCCUCCUCAGAGGAGGUUUUCCUCCUGGUGGUCGCAGCCUCCGCAGGACACUGACUGCGAUGGACACCUACUGUCCCAGGACUUUGGAGGCUAAGGUCACAGCCUUGGAUCCAGUGGCUCUCUGCACUCAUAGGUCUGCCCAUGUCUGCCUGUCACCAAAUCAGCUUGGUUUUGGAGAUGAUUCGAUUCACUUUUUUUUUUCAACCAAAACAACAACAAAAAAGCCAACAAAACACCAGGAUAUGACAUUACAACUGCCGCUGCCAGCACCACAGAGUAAGAAGUCCAGAUAGCCGCCACCCGAGGGUUGCGGAGCGCCGCCUCCACCUGCCUGAUGCUGGCAGUGGAACCCACCAUGGAUGGGGACUUCCCUCCACAUGAGCUCCCACCCCCUGGAGGUGGCAUCCAGCUACAGAACCGACUUCUGCACUGUCCUUGGUGGGGCAGUUUCUCACCGUCAUUGUACCCCACCUUCUCCAGUGAAAACCAACAGUUCGUGGGUUCCACCCCAUUCCUUGGUGGCCAGUCUUGCCCUGAAACCAGCUACCCCACCACAGCCACCGUCCCCAGCUUCUUCUCCAAGAGCAGCGACUUUCCUCAGGACCCCUCGUGCCUCGAGGACCUCUCCAAUGCCUCUGUCUUCUCUUCGUCUGUGGAUUCCCUGUCAGACAUCCCAGACACACCUGACUUCCCGCCGGCCGACAGCCUCAACGAGGUGCCUACCAUCUGGGAUGUCAGCACCACCUCAACUACCCAUGACAAGCUGUUCCUACCUAGUGGGCCAUUCUCGGCUCCCGAAGACCCGGUGACUUCGAUCUCCAGCACUCCACUUCUCAUCAGCUAUCAGUCACACAGCCAGCCUGAGGAGGAGGAAGGGGAGGAAGAGGAGGAGACUGAGGAACUGGGCCAUGCUGAGACCUAUGCCGACUAUGUACCAUCGAAGUCCAAGAUUGGAAAGCAGCACCCAGACCGUGUGGUUGAGACCAGCACACUGUCCAGUGUCCCACCUCCGGACAUCACCUACACCCUGGCACUACCCACCUCAGACAACGGCACCCUGUCUGCCCUACAGCUGGAAGCCAUCACCUAUGCCUGCCAGCAACACGAGGUCCUGCUGCCCAGUGGGCAGCGUGCUGGUUUUCUUAUUGGGGAUGGGGCCGGUGUGGGCAAGGGCCGCACAGUGGCUGGCAUCAUAGUGGAGAACUACCUGCGGGGCCGGAAGAAGGCUUUGUGGUUCAGUGCCUCCAAUGACCUCAAGUAUGAUGCGGAACGGGACCUGAGAGACAUUGAGGCCCCAGGCAUUGCAGUGCAUGCACUGAGCAAGAUCAAGUACGGUGACAACACUACCUCAGAGGGUGUCCUCUUUGCCACCUACUCUGCCCUGAUUGGAGAAAGCCAGGCAGGUGGGCAGCAUCGCACACGCCUACGCCAGAUCCUGCAGUGGUGUGGUGAGGGCUUCGAUGGUGUGAUUGUGUUUGACGAGUGCCACAAAGCCAAGAAUGCCAGUUCCACUAAGAUGGGCAAGGCCGUGCUGGACCUGCAGAGCAAGCUGCCCCAGGCUAGGGUGGUGUAUGCCAGCGCCACAGGUGCCUCUGAGCCCCGCAACAUGAUAUACAUGAGCCGGCUGGGCAUUUGGGGUGAGGGCACACCCUUCCGGACCUUUGAGGAGUUCCUGCAUGCCAUUGAGAAGAGGGGCGUGGGUGCCAUGGAGAUCGUGGCGAUGGACAUGAAGGUCAGCGGCAUGUACAUCGCUCGCCAGCUCAGCUUCUCAGGGGUCACCUUCCGAAUCGAGGAGAUCCCGCUGUCCCCCGCCUUCCAGCAGGUCUAUAACCGGGCAGCCCGGCUGUGGGCCGAGGCCCUGAGCGUGUUCCAGCAGGCAGCUGACUGGAUCGGCCUGGAGUCUCGCAAGUCCCUGUGGGGUCAGUUCUGGUCAGCGCACCAGCGCUUCUUUAAGUACCUGUGCAUCGCAGCCAAAGUGCACCGGCUAGUGGAGCUGGCACAGCAGGAGCUGAGCAGGGACAAGUGUGUGGUCAUCGGGCUGCAGUCCACAGGGGAGGCGCGGACCCGAGAGGUGCUGGAUGAGAACGAGGGCCGCCUGGACUGCUUCGUCUCCGCAGCAGAAGGCGUCUUCCUGUCCCUGAUCCAGAAGCACUUCCCUUCCACCAGGCGGAGGCGUGACCGCGGAGGAGGAAAGAGGAAACGGCGGCCUCGGGGUCGUGGCCCCAAGGCUUCCAGACUGUCACUGGAGGCAGCAGGAAUUAUCCGUAUUAGUGAUGGCAGCAGCACAGAGUCAGAUGCUGGCCUGGAUAGCGACUUCAAUUCAUCCCCAGAAUCCCUGGUAGACGAUGAUGUGGUCAUUGUAGACGCCCCCACACUCCCCACAGAUGACCGAGGUUCCCUGUACCCACUUCAGAGAGACCUGCAGGGCCCUGGUGUCCUGGAACGGGUGGAACGGCUGAAACAGGGUCUGCUGGCCAAGGUGCGAGCGCUGGGCCGGGAGCUGCCAGUGAACACGUUGGACCAGCUCAUCCACCAACUUGGGGGUCCUGAGUGUGUGGCUGAGAUGACCGGCAGGAAAGGCCGAGUGGUAUCAAGGCCUGAUGGGACAGUGGUCUUUGAGUCCAGAGCAGAGCAGGGCCUGUCCAUCGACCAUGUGAACCUCAGGGAGAAGCAGCGCUUCAUGAGCGGCGAGAAGCUCGUGGCUAUUAUCUCUGAGGCCUCCAGCUCGGGUGUCUCCCUCCAAGCCGACCGUCGAGUCCAGAACCAGCGGCGCCGGGUACACAUGACCCUGGAGCUGCCUUGGAGCGCAGACCGUGCCAUUCAACAGUUUGGCCGCACCCACAGGUCCAACCAGGUCUCAGCACCCGAGUAUGUCUUCCUUAUCUCAGAACUGGCAGGGGAGCGCAGGUUCGCCUCCAUUGUGGCCAAGCGGCUCGAAAGUCUGGGUGCCCUCACCCAUGGAGAUCGCCGUGCCACUGAGUCCCGAGACCUGAGCAAGUACAACUUUGAGAACAAGUAUGGCGCCCGUGCGCUCAGCCGCGUCCUUGCUACAAUCAUGGGCCAGACGGACAACAGGGUGCCCCUGCCCCAGGGCUAUCCAGGAGGGGAUACCGCCUUCUUUCGGGACAUGAAGCAGGGCCUGCUGUCGGUGGGCAUCGGCAGCCGGGAGUCACGCUCAGGCUGCUUGGAUGUGGAGAAGGACUGCUCCAUCACCAAGUUCCUGAACCGCAUCCUUGGGCUGGAGGUGCACAAGCAGAACGCCCUGUUCCAGUACUUCUCUGACACCUUUGACCACCUCAUCGAGAUCGACAAGAAGGAGGGCAGAUAUGACAUGGGCAUCCUAGACCUGGCCCCUGGCAUCAACGAGAUACAUGAAGAAAGCCAGCAGGUGUUCCUGGCACCUGGGCACCCACAGGAUGGGCAAGUGGUCUUCUACAAGCAGAUUAGCGUGGACCGCGGUAUGAAGUGGGAAGAGGCAUUAACUAGGUCGCUGGAGCUCAAAGGCCCCUAUGAUGGCUUCUACCUCUCCUACAAGGUACGAGGCAGCAAGAUGAGCUGCCUCUUGGCAGAACAGAAUCGUGGCGAGUAUUUCACCGUGUACAAGCCAAACAUCGGCAGGCAGAGCCAGCUGGAGACCCUGGACAGCCUGUGCCGGAAGUUCCACCGGGUCACUGUGGAAGAGGCCCGGGAACCCUGGGAGAGCAGCUAUGCCCUGUCCUUGGAGCACUGCAGCCACACCACCUGGAACCAGCGCUGCCGACUGACACAGGAGGGCAAGUGCUGCGCCCAGGGCCUGCGCCUCCGCCACCACUACAUGCUGUGUGGGGCGCUGCUGCGUGUGUGGGGCCGCAUCGCUGCUGUGAUGGCAGAUGUCAGCAGUAGCAGCUACCUACAGAUCGUGCGCCUUAAGACCAAGGACAAGAAGAAGCAAGUGGGCAUCAAGAUCCCCGAGGGAUGCGUUCACCGGGUACUGCAGGAACUGCAGCUGAUGGAUGCAGAAGUGAAGCGCCGCAGCACCCAUGGGUUGGCAGCCCGCCCACCCACUCCACGCGCGAUUACACUUCCUUGCGGUCCCGGUGAGGUGCUGGACUUGACCUACAGUCCCCCAGCUGAGGCUUUCCCAACGCCUCCGCGCUUCGCCUUCCCUUCGCUGCCGCCCCCAGACCCCAGCUCUCUGAUGCUGGGUGCUAGAGACCCUGCUACCAAUCCUGUGGAGCUGGCACACCAGAGCUGUGACAUCAAUUUCCGGGAAGUGUUGGAAGACAUGCUCCGCUCUUUGCGCGCGGGACCCACCGAAACCCCUGCACCUCUGGUGGGCGUGGGUGGCGGGGGCACAGAGCGGCAGAGCGUCAUCCACUUCAGCCCACCCUUCCCAAACUCUUAGGCUGCUACUUCAGCCUCUGGAUUACAACUGUACUGGGCAGCAAGGCCUAUGGGCUCCCAUGACUACUGAGGGUGCCUGGCCACAGUGCCUUCCCAGUCAGUGGGGAGUGGGGCCUCUCUGUGCCUUCCCUGCUACAGCCGCGCAGCCUAGAAGCCGUAGGGCUUGGUUGUCCCAGAGAGCUGGUAACUCAGGAAAUCGGUGCUCGGGCCCCGCUGGCUAUGGGGGCUCCACAGGGCAGACCCCGUUAAUAUAUGCAAUCCCCUGCCCCCUAAAUUAUUGUCACCCGCCUCUCCCCAGCUCCGGAAUCUGUGGGCAGCCAGCGGGCCCUGGUUUCUAUGUAUUUAUAACAAACUCGUGUACAUAUGUAAAGAUCUUUUUUAAAAUA